AUGUCCCAGCAGCCCCGUCAAGUCCCCACGCACUCGUCAUCGCUGUCGAAACCUUCAUCGCGGCGAACCACAAGCGGUGGUGGUGGUGUUGGCAGCAGCGGCGGUCCUCCUCUGUCUCAACCGCAACAGCAGUCCACGGCGACACGGAGCCUCCUGCCCUCUCCGCACUUUGAAGACGACCCUAUCGUCGCAUCUCAUCAGCAGGCUAAACUCAGACGCAGACCAAGCCUCACCCUCAACAACCCAGAGUACUCGGAGCACGCAGUUGCGGAGUCGGAGAACUACAGCCACGGUCUUGUGUCUGCCCAUCCAGGAGAGCUGCCGAUCCCGUCCUUCCAGCCCUUCUUCACCUUGAUCGAAGACAGUGUCACGAACGAGCACUAUCAUCCCACGGUCCACUACAUCUUUGCAGACGACGAUGCGGACAUCAUUACCGAGGCCGCGCUGAGGAGUCUAGAGGCGUUAGAUCCCACCCAGCGAGGGGAUCAGACUGGUGCUACAGCAGGAAGACAGGGGCGGCCACUUUCACAUACGCACACACAAGCACCUCGCAGUUCUCAGGACCAGAGCCUUCAUCGUCAGGAUGACAGUAUCAAUGCACCCCGCCUUCCUCUUUCCACGGCCGAUAUGCGCGAGCACUACAUAAUCCUCGACGUGCAUCCGCAGCCUCGCACCCAAAACCAAGACGAUAACACCCCUGCCGGUGCUGCUUCUUCAGGCGGUGCCCCCCCAGGCUAUAACUACGAGGUGACAUCCGCCCACAGUCUCAGCGCAGAAUGGCAAGUCUUGCGGACCAGCAUUUCGACCGCGCCGACCAUUGGAGAUGGACCGAGCGAGGAGGGGGAAGGGCUGAUGUUGAGGAUCGAGGGGAGAGGAAACACUCCCGGCGACCUUGCGGCGGGCAAGGAGAAAGAGAAGACGAUGGGAGACGCCGACAGAGAAAGGGAGAGGGAAAGGGAGAGCCUGGAGGAGAUGAUUGAUCGGUUUCAGCGACGCCUGGAUGAUAUUAGGAUGGUCAUCGAGGCGGGUGGGAUCAGUGCGCCUGUGGGUACUGCUGCGCUGGGCGGGGAGGAAUGA